AUGGGAACUUCUUCAACUCCCGGAUCAGCUGCAACAAACCAUACAACUUCAACUUUAGGGACAACUGCAUCAACACAAUCGCAGACAUCAACCUCCUCAGGAACUACAACAACAGCACCACAAACAACGUCUCCAGAAACAACUUCAACAGCAGUUACAACAUCAACCCCACAGACACCUACAUCAACUCCGGGGACAACUCCAACAUCAACUCCGGGGACAACUCAAACAUCAACUCCGGGAACAACCCCAACAUCAACUCUGGGAACAACUCAAACACCAACUCCGGGGACAACUCCAACAUCAACUCCGGGGACAACUCAAACAUCAACUCCGGGAACAACAAGUCAAAUAAUCGAGUCAUCGACUUCAACAACAACAGGAAAUACAACAAAGACAGAGCUUCCACCGACAAGCGCACCUAUGAUUUCUGAAGUGGACGAGAGCACCAUCGCCGUUGCUGCUGUGGUAGCCAUCAUUGUCUGUGUUGUUCUGGUGGUCGUGGCUGCCGUCGUGGGUAACUUUGAGGACAAAUUAUUGGGCUUUUCUAGAAAGAGAAAGCUGUCCAUGUUUGUCAACGGUGGUGUUGGUCUGGACACGGGAGACCGGCCGUUAUCUGAAGAAUAUACUCAGUUUUGA